GGGACGUCCGGAAACAGAGCGGGUGAUUCGGGGAUGGUUUCGGAAGGUGUAUGGCCACCCACCGGGAUGAUUUGCUGGUGCGGAAGUGGAGGGAUGCGCUUAAAGAAGCUGGGAAUAUAUCGGGAUUGCAUUUGAAUAAUGAUGCUAAUGGGGAUCAAUCAAACUUCAUUGAGCAAAUUGUAGGACAUCUCUUCAGGGUCAGUCCUAGAUCAAUCUCCCCCUAUUUUGUCAAAAAUGCUAUUGGGGUAGAUUCCUUUGUAGAGGAUGUGAUAUCGUUGCUGGAAAUUGGGUCAAAGGAUGAUGUCCGUGUGGUUGGAAUAUGGGGAAUGAAAGGAAUUGGUAAGACAACGGUGGCCAAAGUUGUCCGUGAUCGUGUUUUUAGGGAAUUUGAAGGCGUUAGCUUACUCGAAAAUGUUGGAGGUGCAAACCAAGAUACUCUUUCACUUCUUCAGAAGAGACUGCUCCACGAUGUUCUGAAGGUACAAGGUCUAGAAAUGUUUGAUAUUAACAGCAACAUCAACAAGAUAAAAACUAAGCUCUGUCGGAAAAAGAUCCUUGUAGUUCUCGAUAACAUCACUAAGAAGGACCAAAUUGAGUAUUUCGGAGCUGGAGAUCGAGAAUGGUUCCAAUAUGGGAGUAGAAUUUUGAUAACUCCAAGAGAUGAGCAGUUGCUGGAAGAUCUCAAAGUAGAUAACAAGUACAUGCUCCCAGGAUUGACUCGUAAAGAAUCGCUCCAACUCUUGAGUCGCCAUGCCUUCUGCAAAGACCAUCCUGAAGAAGGCUAUAGAGAGUUGUCAGAGAGUCUUGUCCACUACACUGGUGGACUUCCAAUAGCUCUUAAAAAAUUUGGUUCCUUCAUCUCUAAGAAGAGAAAAAAACAGUGGCAUGAGAUAUUGGAGAAGUUGGUGAGAGACCCUCAUCUUGAUUCAGUUGGAUUACCUUUAGAACCAUUCUCCUCUGUUCUUCCCUUUCAAUCCGUCGGGCCAUAUGGAGGUUGUGGUGGGUGUUCUUAUGAUGAUAACACAUUCACCGAUAUUAGAAAUAUUACUGUAGUUGUAACGUCAGUGAUUGAGUCCUUUUGUAUUGAGUUUGAUCAGAAUGGGUCUUUGGUCCGCUCGCCAAGACACGGUGGACCUGAGGAAGGCAAAAUAUGCACGGUAAAAUUAGAUUAUCCAAAUGAGUUCUUGACUUCUGUGUCAGGCUACAUUAAAGACGAAUGUGGAUAUGCCGUCAUUCAAUCACUUACCUUCCACAGCAAUAGGAGAACAUAUGGUCCAUUUGGCAAUGAGAGCGGGAAAUUUUUCAGUUUCCCACCGGUUGCUGGUAAGAUCAUCGGAUUUUUUGGGAGGUGUGGCUGUUCUCUUGAUUCCAUUGGAGCAUAUCUUUUACCGAUCACUCGUGCAUAUCCCUUCGAAGUCGUAGGCCCAUUUGGAAAUAGGAAUUGUGAAGACCAGUGGGAUGACGGCAAGCAUUCAGAUGUCAGACAAAUUGAUGUUGUUUCUAGUUCUGCAAUUGAGUCGAUUACUAUUACUUACGAGCAAGGUCAUUCUUUUGCACAUGGUACAAGUGGUGGAGGCACAACGAACAAGAUAAAUCUGGGCUGGUCAAUUGAGUACCUCACUUCAGUGUCGGGCUAUAUUACAAGUGAUUUUGGCUCGACUAUCAUCCAUUCACUCACGUUUCAAAGCAAUAAAAGAACAUACGGACCAUUCGGCCUUUGA